AGCCAUUAAUGGUGGGCAGGAUGCUCUGUUACUGCUGUGGUGACUGAGAUGCCGUGACAGUAACUGGCAGGCAGUUAGCAGUUACGGUAACCAGGGUGCCACCAUUACACCAUUACAGUAACUGGGAGGCUGUUACGGUAACUAGGGUGCCGGUUACUGCCCAGGUAUUCUAUUAACACCCUGGCUGUUGCAGGGUCCCCGUGGCACUGGCCAUGGCAGUACCAAACAGCCAGAGCUCCUCACUGCAGCAGGAGGUCAGACACGGCAGGAGUUGGGAAGGUGGAAGCUGUCCUGGGAGCAGUAGUAGGGAGCACCCAAAGUGCUGGACAGCGUCCCUUGGGGUGCUGCGGUGCCUCAUGGAGCCGUGGCUGAAGAGGCGUGUGGACUUGGAGCUGCACCUUGCCGGCAGGGAGCAGGCACUGGUGAGCUGGGCAGUGAUCCGCCGAGACGCCCUGUGCCAGCUUGUCCUGGAUGAGCACCUCCAGCACCAGCAGGAGCUGCGCCAGCAGGGGAAAGCCUUCUAUGUGGAGCGGCUCUGAGUGCUCAGCCCAGUGUGUGGCGCUGGCCUGGCACUGCCCAGCUCCUGACUGACAAUAAAACAUGUU